CACAUCUCCACUUGACUCCUCUCUUCACUUGGAAGCCAAUCUCUAUCUCAAGGAUGUCCUGCAACAGCCUGUGUGCCCCCAGCUGUGGCGUUGCCACCCCGGCCCCUCUGGCUGGCACCUGCAACGAGCCCUGCGUGCGGCAGUGCCCUGACUCCACGGUGGUCAUCCAGCCCCCGGCCUCGGUGGUCACCUUCCCCGGGCCCAUCCUCAGCUCCUUCCCGCAGCAGAGCACCGUGGGCUCGGCCGGAGCUCCCUUUGUGGGAUCUGGCUCCGGUGGUGCCUUCGGAGGCCGUGGUGGCUACGGGGGCUUCGGUGGCCGUGGAGGCUAUGGAGGCUCCGGAGGCUUUGGAGGCUUCGGGGGAUUCGGAGGUUGUGGAGGAUUCGGAGGCUUCGGGGGCAGCUGCGGCGGCUCCAGAGGCUGUGGGCCCUGCUAAACUCCAGCCCGUGCCCCAUCCCUGAUCCAGAAGAGCUUCAGCAACGUCCCCGACCCAUCCCCGCACGCCAAGACCCGAAGCAAGGACAGAGCCACAGACAGACACACGUCCCCCGGCACUGCUCCGCUGCCUUCCUG